AUGGCUCCUAGCAUUCUCCGUCGCCAGAGCACCUGGAACGACAAUGGAGGCUCGAGUAGUGAGAGUUCAAGGCGCCCUUCCUUGGUAGAUUUCCCCAGAAAGUCGAGUAUAGCAAGCCUGUCUUUAUUCCUCAGUCGAUCCAAGCGAUCAAACUCUUAUAAAGGUCUGGGCGGUGACUUGGACGACCUCGCUCAAAAACGAGGAGAUGUCUUGCUGGCUCUGCCAGAUGAGAUUCUGACCCAUAUCAUGUGCUAUCUGGCCCCCAACGACUACUAUGCUCUCCGUCUGACAUGUCGUACGAUCCGUAAUAUAAUCAAGGCAAAUGUUGGGCCAAUUACCCGGUCGGUCUUUGCCCAUGCAGCUUCCUCACAGCAAGAUUCCGACUACUGCCAACGGCUGUAUCCUCAGCCAAAACCCUGCUUAGAUGAAACUUGGUUGUUGCAGAUGCUCCGACGAAAGGCGCAGAUCGACAAACUCAUAGUCAUCAUCGCCGCCUUUACCCAGAUCAAAGUCUACAUGAUGCCGAAUUACCCUCGGUUCGACGAGUUUGCUCCCCACCGCCGGAAAUUGAUUCGCCGCUUCCACUCUCCAGCCUGGACACUGUAUCAUUUCCUUGAGCAUUAUCGGAAGAUGCUCGUCUUCCAACAUCCUCAUCAUGCCAAUAGCGCCAGAAUGAGGGCAAUGGAAUGCCCCGAGUGUACCCAAAGCGUGGAAGAGUUCAUCCGCACCUACCCACCUCCCCAGCUCAUCUCGACCUACCAUUUUUAUAACCUCGUCCUCGAACAUCUCCGUCAGUUGAGCCGUGCUCCGGGUUACGUCGGAACAAUAGAACGUCGUCUGAGAGGCUGGACAAGGCAAUCGCCCACGGAGGCGCACUUGGCUCAGGUCGUCAUUUUCGGAGGCAUCCCUGUGUUAUCCCAACUGUCCGUCCUCAAAGGGACAUACAACCAACGCGUCGAAAUCCUCGGCUCUUUCGUGGAUAAGAUUGGAGCAUCGAGUACCGUGCAGCGGCGAAUGGUCGUAUCAACUCGGGCAAAAUCAUCAUCUGCAUUCUCGGAUCGCAUCAAAACUCUCUCCGUCGCAGACAUUUCGGAGCAUGAAAAUCUGAAGGCGACACUCGACCCCCCAUUCAAUCAUAUCUCAGAGAAAACCGUGAAAGCCUUACCAAGCCUACCACUAUUCAUUGCCGGCGAUUGGUUGUCAAUCAUCUCCGAAGACUUGGGACCCAAUGACCAGAUCACCAGCACAUGGGGCUUUGUCCAAAAUGUCCUCGCGAGACAUGGAGACGGUCCGGACUACCUGGAACCCGUCAGCGACUUCACUUAG